AUGCUGGGUCACUGCAGCAGCAGCAGCAGCAGGGCUUCUGCUGCAGCUCCGACCCACCGGCAGCUGCUGCAGCAGCAAGUGCUGCACGAAGUUCAACGGCUGCGGGAGCAGCAGCCCUACAGCAGCAGCAGCAGCAGCAGCAGCAGCAAAACCAGCAGCUUGCCUUUGCUGCUGUCGUUCGUUCCCCCUACAACUCCAUCGUUUGGGGUUUAUAGCUAUUCCUGCUGCAACAGCACCAGCAACAGCUGCUGCUGCUGCUGCUGCCGCAUGCCGAGAGCCCUAUGCCGCUCAUCCAGCAGCCGAAGCAGGAGCAGCAGCAGGAGCAGCAGCAGGAGCAGCAGCAGGAGCAGCAGCAAAGGCUGCAGCAGCAGCAGCACCAGCGGGGAGCUCGCGCACAAGCUCCUUAAUUCGGCUGCUUCAGCAGCAGCAGCAGCACCAUCAGCAGCAGCAGGGACGCGCUUUACGCUGCCUCUUGAUUAUGAAGUCUUUUCUGCGAUCGCAGCAGAAGCAGCAGCAGCAAGAGCAACAGCAGCAACAACGCGGGGCUCUGCAGCAGCAGCAGCAGCAGCGGCACCAUUCCUGCUGCUUCAGGGCCAAGACAGCAGCAGGCCCCCUCGCCGUUUGCUUCUGCUUAAAGAAGACGAGGAUGCAGCAGCAGCAGCAGCAGCAGCUGCUGCUGCUGCUGCACAAGCUGCAAAAGAGCCUUGCGUAACAGCAGCAGCAACAGCAGCAGCAGCAGCAGCAGCGCCAAAAUGCUUCAGUGGUCUGCUGCUGCCUGCUGCAGAUAAUCCUGCAGCAUCAGCUCCCUUACCUGUCACGGCGAAACUCUUUUUCAACGCCGGCGGUGCUGCGCUGCGGGAGUUGCUGCUGGCUAAACUUUUCUGCGUCCGAUCCUUGGCUCGCUGCUGCUGCAGCAGCAGCAGCAGCACUGUGAAGAGCAGCGACAGCAGCGGCAGCAGUCUCGCUGCUGCUCCUCAGCAGCAGCUAAAGCCCCGAAAGGCGCUGAUGCCUUUGAGUACCCCACAAACGAGCAGCAGCAGCAGCAGCAGCCACAGCGGCAAGAGCAGCAGCAAGAGCAACCGCAGACUUGCGCUGCACCCGCUGCAGCAGCAGCAGCAGCAGCAGCAGCAGAGCCAACGUGCUUGCGGUACGCUGAGCAGCAGCAGCAGCAGCAGCUGCAGCAGCACGAACAGCAGCUUACUUAUGUCCCUCGAUACCUAUGGGCUGCAGCGCUCAUCUGUAGGACCAGCUAAGGAUGACUGCAGCAGCAGCAGCAGCAACACCGGCAGCAGCAGCAGCAGCAAAACAAGCAGUGGAAAACAGGCAACUCAGGACAGCCGGAGCAGCAACAGCAGCAGCAACUGCACCACAGCGGCCAGCAGCACGAGCAGCAUUGCUCCCGCCGUGGCUGCACCUCCAGCAGCAGCAGCAGCAGCAGCAACCGGUGCAACAGAAGCGAGAAAGUCAUCAGCAGGACCUGCUGCUGCUGCUGCUGCUACUCCGCCUGCGAAAUGGCUACUGCCAAUGGAGGCCCACUUUUGUGCUUCUUCAUCUCUCGCUGCUGCUGAUGUACUCGGGGGGUUGCUGCUGCAGCAGCUGCUGCAGCGCCACGUCAACUUCUUGCAGGCGCUGCAGCCACAGCAGCACAAACAGCAGCAGCAGCAGCAGCAACAGUGCACGGGACUCUUUGGUGCUUGCUCUCAGCGCCACGGGCAGGUGCUGCGGCUGGAGCACCAGCAGCAGCAAAUCUGCAGCAACAGCAGCAGCGGCAGCAGCAACUGCAGCAGAAGCAGCAAGAACAGCAGUAGCAAGCGCAGCAGCAGCAGCAGCAAAGACGUAACGCUUCUUCUUGUCUCCAGGGCCCCCCAGUCGGCGUCGCUGCUGGAAAUUGUUAAUGAACUAUUUUUGCAAAAGGGCGCUCAUCCCCCUGAGGAACUUUGCCUCUAUCUGGUGUACGAGCAGCUGAUCCUGCUGCAGCAGCUGCACCAGGUGGGCUUGCUGCACUGCAACAUAAGCCUAAGCAGCUUCCUCGUAUCUGCUGCUGCUGCAGCAGCUCCGCCGCAGCCCAAACAGCAGCAGCAGCAGCAGCAGCAGCACCCGUUGCUUCCUGAGGGUGCAGCAAGUGUGCUGGAAGUGCUGGGGAUCGACUGGAGCUGCGGGAUCGACUCCCGAUCCCUUUGCUGCAGCACCUGCAUCUUGCAGCCCCUGCUCGGCGACAAGAGCCAAGACCCUAAAGAGAGCUGGGCCCUCCACGGGAUUGACCUUAGAGGCCUUGCAGCAGCAGCAGCAAACUUGCUGCUAGGCAGGCAUUUGCUGCUCGGCAGAGAACUGCAGCAGCAGCAGCAGCAGCAGCAGCAGCGGCAGCAGCAGCAGCAGCUCGAGGGAGAGACGCAAAAGGAGAACAGGCCACUGAACCGGCAGCAGCAGCAGCGGGAGCAGCAGCAGGUGCAGCAGUUGCUGCGGCCUGAGGUGUCUGUACAGCUGCCGCUCAAACGCCACUUUGCUGUUGACUUCUGGCUGCUGCUGCUGCAGCGCUGCUGCAACUUUGAGAACGAGCUGCUGCAGCAGCAGCCAGCAGCAGCAGCGGCUCUCUCCUGCCUCCUCGCCAACAGCAGCAGCAGCAGCAGCAGCAGCGAGGCCGAGACACCAGGGCAGGUGCGCGCUGCUGCUGCCGCGCUGCAGCAAUGCAGCGAGAGGACUUCGCUGCUGCUGCUGCUGCAGCUUCAGCAGCAGAUUGCUGCUCUCUUCCACAGAGAGCCCCGGCGGAAGAAGUUGCUGCUGCAGCAGCAGCAACUCGUUGCAGCGUUCCUGGCGAAUAAAUAG